AAACCCGGAAGUGAAGAUGGCGUCCGCCUACGAGAGGUUCAACCUGCAUGCAACACCUGAGAAGUUCUACAUUGAGGCGUGUGAUGAUGGAGCUAAUGACGUGCUGGUUAUUGAUAGGGUGUCCGCCGAGAUGACCCUCGCAGGUAUUAAGGACAUCCCCCCAUCAGGCGUAACCAGGCCCAUUUGUGGAAUCAUGGGAACUACUCGCCUGGUGGCUGGGAUGUACCUCAUAGUCAUCACCCGGAAAAGGAAAGUGGGCGACCUGUUUGGCCACACUGUGUGGAAAGCGGUGGAGUUUGAUGUGAUUUCUUAUAAGAAGACCAUUUUGCACCUCACAGAUUUUCAGAUGCAGGACAACAAGACGUUUCUGUCUAUGCUUAGCAAUGUCCUAAACACAGACGGCUUCUACUUCUGCACGGACUAUGACCUGACCCACACCCAGCAGCGCCUGUCCAACACCAGCCCGGACUUCCAGGAGAUGAGCCUGCUGGAGAGGGCAGACCAGAGAUUCAUGUGGAAUGGAAAUCUUUUAAGAGAAAUAACCGCACAGCCUGAGCUCCAUAAAUUUGCAUUUCCUGUCAUCCACGGAUUUAUUGUGAUGAAGCCGUGCUGCAUCAAUGGGAAGGUGUUUGAGUGGAUCCUCAUCUCUAGACGGAGCUGUUUCAGAGCUGGGGUCCGGUAUUAUGUCAGAGGCAUUGACUCUGAAGGACAUGCUGCUAACUUCGUUGAGACAGAACAGAUAGUCCAGUACAAUAAUGCCCAGGCGUCCUUUGUGCAGACUCGAGGCUCCAUGCCCUUUUUCUGGUCUCAAAGACCCAACCUGAAGUACAAGCCCAAGCCACAGAUAAGCACUGACACCAAUCAUAUGGAUGGAUUCAGGAGGCAUUUUGAGUCACAGGUUCUCAUUUAUGGCAAACAAGUCAUUCUAAAUUUGGUGAAUCAGAAAGGAUCUGAAUUGCCUCUUGAACAGGCCUUCGCCAAAAUGGUCAAUGGCAUGGAGGACGGACUCAAGUACAUCGCCUUUGACUUUCACAAAGAAUGCAGUAAGAUGAGAUGGCAUCGCCUCCAGAUUCUCGUUGAUGCUGUUUCUGACAUGCAAGACGAGUUUGGGUAUUUCAUGGUGAGCUCAGAUGGGAAGGUGACAUCCGAGCAGUCUGGAACCUUCCGCAGUAACUGUAUGGACUGUCUGGACCGUACCAACGUCAUUCAGAGCCUGCUGGCCAGACGCUCCCUUCAGAGCCAGCUACAGAGGAUGGGUGUCCUCCACGUAGGCCAGAAAAUUGAGGAACAGGCUGAUUUUGAGAAGAUUUAUAAGAACGCAUGGGCAGACAAUGCCAAUGCUUGUGCUAAACAAUACGCAGGAACCGGAGCAUUGAAAACCGACUUCACCAGAACCGGGAAUAGGACUCACUGGGGAUUGGUAAUGGACGGCUGGAACUCAAUGAUCCGCUACUACAAGAACAAUUUCUCAGACGGGUUCAGACAAGACUCCAUCGAUCUCUUCCUCGGAAACUAUACAGUGGAUGAAACCGAUGGCUUGAUGCCUCUGCAUGUGCAGAAGGACUGGAAGUUCCUCUUGCUUCCUGUUAUUAUGGUGGUGGCCUUCUCCAUGUGCAUCAUCUGUCUCCUAAUGGCUGGUGACACUUGGACGGAGACCCUGGCAUACGUGUUGUUCUGGGGAAUAGCCAGUGCUCUUACGGCUGCUGUCAUCCUGGUCAACGGACGGGAGUUUGUUGAUGCACCGAAACUGGUCCAAAAAGAGAAGAUGGAUUGAAUAUCAAGACCUCCUUCCUUCUGUUCUCUCUGUUUCCUCUUUAUUUUCCUCCAAUACUGACCUGCUCUCCACACUGUCCUUAAACUUAAGCAAAGCAAGCAUCCCUGUUUUCUGCUCCCAUAAAUGGAGCAUAUUACCAUAUCAUUUCACAUCAGUUACUACAAAUUUCCUUUGAAUCAUGGGACAUGGUGUCCAAACUUCACAAAAUUUCCUUAAGAAUAAUACUUGCAUCAUAGAAUUGCACAUGGGUUGCACAACAUCCCCAGCCUGUUAAGUGCAUUGUAGACAUUGUGUCUUACUUUUACUCUGCUGCGUUGUUACUGUUUGGCGAUCGAUCUAAAUUGACCCGUUGUGAAAUUAAAGUUAUUGUUUUGGCUCUGGAGCUUCUGCUUUAUGAAACUGGACACCAGGCGUGUGCCCUUGGCCCAGUCUAUGGGUUGACAGAUCAAUGAAGGUCUAUUGUAAUUAGAUUGUUACACAAGGGAACAUUACAUGAUGCAUCGGUGGCUCAGCCCUUGGUUAUUUCCAUUUCUGUCCUCUCAAAUCUGUGCUGGAAUCAGCUUUAUGCCUCGGUUUUAUUUUCAGUUGUUCUUUGCAGUGGCAGUUUGGGUUUUAAUGUGGUUUCCUUUUGUUCGGCCAGCAUAUUUAUGGGGUUGUGUCUCUCACAAAUGAUCAAAUUAGAGAGCUGUGGGACGCACUGGGGGAGAGAGAGGUAUUCAGCACUGUUUCUUUAUGAGUUUACAGAAAAAUAUGAACAGCACUUUUCCUGUGUAACUUCUUUAUGUCUCUUCGAGGACCAAUGAACACUAACAGAUAUGGCACGCAUAAAGUCGCUCUUUAAUGGCUCUUCGACUGCACUUCUCUUCAACGUUACCAAUUCAGUGGCAGUUCAUUAGACAGAAAUAGACUUCUAUCAGAAUACCUGUCAAAUUGACUCACACUUUUAAUUGAAUUCCCUUAAACUAUACUGACAAUUCAGAAGGCAUUCGCUUUUAACUAAAUUAUUUAGACAAGUGGCUUUCAAGGACGUCAUAUAGCAGAAAAAAUGUCAGAUUUAUUGAUGUUCACUUGCAUGAUGGUGCAUUUCACCUUUAAUCCGCCAAUUUCUUUUCUUUUUGACACAUUUAGCAAGGUGUUUUUGGGAUUGGGAGUGAAAAAUGAAUUACUUUUAGGUCUUCCUUUUGAACUCAUUGGUACCUUUAGAACUGAAUGCUCCUCGGUUUGGUUUAAUGUUGACAAAGAAUGUAGAUUUUGAUGCCUUUAUAUGAGUGUUUUGUAGUCAUCUGCAAAUGAUAAUGCAAGCUGAAGUAACACAGUCAUAUUGGACACAUCUCAACAGGAGAUUGCAAUUUCAUCAAAUUCAUAUGGGCCGUAUUUUAUUGAUUUUCAUUGUAUGCAAAGAUCAAGAGAAUAUGCAGUACAACUUGCAAUUAUAUUGGCUGGAUUGAAA